GCCUAUCUCUCAUCUAUAUAUGUAAACCUCUUAAUUACAUUCUUACCUCUUAAGCUCUUCUUUUAUACUUCACAGCUCGAUCUUCCUCCUCCGUACACCUGCGGAUCAAGAACAGAAAAAUGGUGAAGUUCUCAAAAGAGCUCGAAGCUCAACUUAUACCUGAAUGGAGUGAUGCUUUUGUGAAGUACCGGGAGUUGAAGAAACAAAUAAAGAAGAUCAAGCUUUCUAGAUUACCCAAACAACCCCAAGACAUGAUGGGCGGCGAUUUUGGUCUGUCCAUUUUCGACCCCGUUCGAUUCUUCGCCAUGAAAAUCUGUAACAAGUUCCGCAAUCCCGGUAACGAAACGGAUAUAAUUCAGGUCAGGAGUAAAAGCAUGGAGGAAGGUGAAGAUGACCAGGUGUAUCAAACCGAGCUUUCCCAGCUGUUUUCCCAAGAAGAUGAGGUUAGAAUAUUUUUUGAGAAAUUGGAUGAAGAACUUAAUGAGGUCAACCAAUUUUACAAGAAGAAAGAGAGUGACAUUGUUGAGAGAGCAGAGAUUUUAAACAAGCAGCUGGAGAUUUUGCUCGAGCUUAAGCAAGUUCUCAACCACCGUAUCAUGAGGAAGAACUCUACGUCGAGUCCAAGCCUCGGAAGUUCCCCUUUUUCUUGGUCAUCUCCGAUCCGGCCUUCCAACUAUUCCGAAAGCUCGAUUGAAUUAGUUGAAAGCCCAACAGAUCAGGCAUCGGAGACAGAGGAUGUAAUAAUUCCAUUAGAAAGGGAUCAUGUGGAUUUUGCUAACUCCGCCGGAGCAAGGCCGACAAAAACAAAGAAAUUAGGGAAGCGGCCUUAUAAUAAGAUGGGCAUGAAGAUUGAUAUUCCGGCUGCAACCCCAACACGUACGAUCGUGGCCUUUACCUCGCUUCUGUGGGAAGAUUUGGUUAAGAAUCCCAAGAAAGAAGGUGGUCUUGGUGAAUCCAUUAAUCGAAAGAAAGUUCAGUGUGCUGAGAAGAUGAUUCGAGGAGCCUUUGUGGAGCUCUACAGGGGCCUUGGCCUGCUCAAAACUUUCAGCUCACUAAACAUGGUAGCAUUUACAAAGAUACUCAAGAAAUUUGACAAGGUAUCCAACCAGCAUGCUUCUGCAAAUUAUCUACAAGCUGUGAAGGCAUCUCAUUUUAUUAGCUCCGAUAAGGUUGUAAGACUGAUGGACGAAGUGGAGUCCAUAUUCAUAAAGCACUUCGCCAAUAAUGACAGGAAAAGGGCGAUGAAAUUCCUGCGUCCACAACAGCAAAAAGCUUCUCACAUGGUCAGCUUCUUUGUUGGAUUGUUCACUGGUUGUUUUGUUUCACUGUUUACUGUGUAUGCAAUCUUAGCGCACUUGUCGGGUAUAUUCUCCAGUGGAACAGAGAGAGAUUAUAUGGAAAUAGUAUAUCCCAUUUUCAGCAUGUUUGCGUUGCUAAGCUUGCACCUGUUCAUGUAUGGGUGCAAUUUGUUCAUGUGGAAGAGUAAGAGGAUAAACUGCAACUUCAUCUUUGAAUUCUCACCCAACACAGCCCUUACGUACAGAGAUGCUUUCCUCAUCUGUACCACCUUCAUGACCAUAGUUAUCGGGGCAAUGGUCGUCCACCUCCUUUUACGGGCCAGUGGCUUCUCACCUAGCCAAGUUGAUGCCAUUCCUGGAAUUCUUCUUUUGUGUUUCCUUGCUCUGCUCAUAUGCCCAUUGGACAUCUUCUAUCGUCCAACACGCUACUGCUUCAUCCGUGUAAUACGUAAUAUAGUCUGCUCUCCAUUUUAUAAGGUUAUUUUGGUAGACUUUUUCAUGGCUGACCAGCUUACAAGCCAGAUUCCAUUGCUGAGGCACAUGGAAUCCACAGCCUGCUACUUUCUAGCAGGAACUUUCAGAACCCACCGUUAUGAAACCUGCAGAUCGGGAAGGCUAUUCAUGGAGCUUGCUUAUGUAAUUUCGUUUCUGCCAUAUUAUUGGCGUGCAAUGCAGUGUGCAAGAAGAUGGUUUGAUGAAUGUGACGUUGUUCAUUUGGCUAACAUGGGCAAGUAUGUUUCGGCCAUGGUGGCAGCUGGCGCAAGGCUAACAUAUCACAGGCAGCAUGACCACCUAUGGCUUGCCAUUUUCUUGGUGACUUCUGUGGUGGCUACUGUAUAUCAGUGUUACUGGGAUUUUGUUAUGGACUGGGGGCUUUUCAACCGAAACUCGAAAAACUUGUGGCUUAGAGAUAGUAUAAUUCUGAAGAACAAAAGCAUCUACUACAUAUCCAUCGCCUUAAAUGCAGUUCUAAGACUUGCAUGGCUGGAAUCUGUAUUGCGGUUGAAAAUUGACAAAGUUGUUGAUGGUCAUUUGCUAGAUUUUUUCUUGGCUUCAUUAGAAGUAAUUCGUCGCGGGCAUUGGAACUUUUAUAGGUUGGAGAAUGAGCAUCUAAACAAUGUUGGGAAGUACAGGGCAGUGAAGGAAGUUCCACUACCAUUCCACGAGAUGGAUUCUGAUGGCUGAAUGCUUUCAAAGACUCAUGUACAGACGUCCACGAUGAGCUGGUAGCAGAAGCGAUCCACAUUAUAUAUAUAUAUAGCAAAAUGUGAGAUCCCCAUGACUCAUUACAUAUCCAACUCGAGAAGUGAAUUCCUAGGUGCCAAUUGUACAUUUAGGCAUUCCAAACCGGACAUGAAAUUGUAAGUGUGGCUCAAUUUCAAGCAAUAAGGUUCAUAAUUGGCCAAGUCCAAACUGAGAGCAAUCAAUGGAAACUCUUCUGUUGAGUUUGAAA